AUGAGUCGGUGUUUGGUUUUGGUCAUUGCCCUUUGCAUGGGUGUGGCCUCGGGGGCAUCAAAUAUCUCAGCCGAUGAGGCUGCUCUAUUGGCAUUGAAAGCAGCAAUUACGCCUGAUCCCUUUGGCAUCUUGUCCAACAACUGGUCUCAUCACACUCCAUAUUGUGAUUGGAUUGGUGUCACUUGUAGCCGUAGGCACCAAAGAGUGACCCAAUUGAAUCUCUUCAAUAUGGGUCUCAACGGCACCAUUCCUCAGGAGAUUGGUGGCCUCUCAUUCCUUUCAACUUUCAACAUCAGCACUAAUAACUUCCAUGGCCAUAUCCCAGAAAGCAUUGGAUUCUUGUCCAAACUCCAGACUUUGGAUCUGUCCUACAAUCAUCUCACUGGAAACAUCCCCGCAACUAUAUACAACAUUUCUUCCUUGCGAUUUGUAGUCAUGAACUACAAUAGUCUCUCAGGGAUGCUUCCGGCGGGCAUUUGUGAUAACUACAGGCAGCUACAAGGCUUGUUUCUUAGAUCAAAUCGAUUGAGUGGUGAGAUUCCAUCAAGUCUACACAAAUGUAUGGAACUAAGAGUUUUGAAUUUAGAAGAGAAUGAAUUUCAUGGAAGCAUACCAACUGAAAUUGGCAACUUUUCGAAACUUGAGCGGUUACUGCUAUAUGGUAACAAUUUGACAGGAGAUUUGCCUUGGACAAUUUUCAAUAUGUCAUCUUUAGUAGUACUCGACAUUGAGAGGAAUGAAAUCUCUGGAAUUCUUCCAAAUGACCUCUGUUAUCUCCUUCCGGAAUUGGAGUAUCUGGAUAUUGCCCUAAACCAUAUUCAUGGAGAGAUCCCUCAAUCUCUAUCUAGGUGCGGGAGACUUGAAAUACUUGCCUUGUCUAGGAAUCAACUCACCGGAAGAUUCCCUACUCAAAUCUGCAACAUAUCAUCUCUUCAAGAGCUUUAUCUUGUAGGGAUAAACUUGUCAGGAUACCUGCCAAAAGAGAUUGGGAAGUUGUCAAACCUUCGAGAGUUUAGAAUUUUUGUCAAUCACUUGACUGGUACAAUACCCUCUUCAAUUGGCAAUAUAUCAACUUUGGAGAAUUUUGUUGUUUAUGAUAACAAUUUCGAUGGUAAUAUUCCUCCAGAGCUAGGAAAGCUAUCAAGUCUUAAAGGAUUGUCACUUGAAUUAAAUAAUUUUAGUGGCAAAGUACCAUCCUCCAUAUUCAACAUGUCUGGAUUACAAGUGAUUGAGCUGGCAGCUAAUAACCUUUAUGGCAAUCUUGAGCCAGGCCUAAGACAUUGGAUGUCCCCAAGUCUUCGAAAACUUAUUAUCGCCAAAAACCAAUUCAGUGGAACCAUUCCUAGCUCUAUAUCAAAUGCCUCCCAAGUCACAUUACUUGAUCUUCGGGAUAACAUGUUUAGUGGCCAUGUACCUCCGGAGAUUGAAAAUUUACAACAACUUGAAUACUUUAGCAUACAAUACAACCAAAUCACAGAUGAUCCAUCGACUAAUGAGCUAAGCCUGCUCACUUCAUUGUUGAAAUGCAAGAAUUUGAAAAUAGUUGGUUUGAGUGGCAAUCCAUUCAACAAAGUUCUACCUAGCUUGUUAGAUAUAGGCAAUAAAUCUGUGUCUUUGGAAUUCUUAGAAGCUAGUGAUUGUCACUUGAAAGGCAGCAUUCCAAGUGGAAUUAGUAACUUUAUCAAUUUCAUUUCUUUGGAUUUGAGCGACAACAAGCUCUCAGGUUCAUUUCCUGAAACAUUAGGACGAGGUUUGUUGAGGUUACAGGGUUUAUACCUACAUAAUAAUGAAAUUGAGGGAUCAAUACCAAACACCAUGUGUUAUUUGAAAGAGUUAUAUGAAUUGGAUCUCGGAGAUAAUAAGCUCUCAGGGAAAAUACCAAAUUGUUUUGAAAAUCUAUCUUCUUUGAGAAAAUUACAUUUAAGCUCCAAUUCAUUAACAUCAACUAUACCACUUGGCUUCUGGAAUAACAAGGAUAUCUUAGAGAUAGACUUGUCCUCCAAUUUACUCAAUGGUACCUUGUCUUCUGAAAUUGGAAGUAUGCACAGCAUGGUAUACCUCAAUCUGUCAAGUAACCAAUUUUCUGGAGAAAUUCCUUCCACCAUUGGGCAACUUCAGAAUUUGCUUAAUCUCUCUCUAUCAUCAAAUAGGCUUCAUGGUCCUAUUCCUCAGUCAUUUGAUGGUCUUAUAAGCUUGCAAGCAUUAGAUUUAUCCAAUAACAACCUCUCUGGUGGUAUUCCAAAGUCGAUGGAGAAGCUCAAAGAUCUAGUGUAUCUGAACCUGUCUUUCAAUGAUCUAAGUGGUAAAAUUCCAAAUGGUGGACCUUUUACAAAUUUUAGCAUGGAAUCAUUCAUGGGUAACAACGAACUAUGUGGAGCUUCUCGAUUCCAUGUCAUGGAAUGCAAAGAAGGUAAAGGAAAACCAAGAAACAUUGCCAUAUUUCUCAAGUAUGUUUUGCCAUCUCUUGUAUCAUUGGUUGUUGUUGCUAUUCUAAUGGUUUGGUUGCUUACAUUCUGGAAGAGAAACAAACGAAGAAAACCUUGGGCUGAAGAUUCACUUGAUGUUGAAUUCAAGAGAAUUUCAUACUAUGAAAUUCUUGGUGCUACAGAAGACUUUGAUGAGAGCAACUUGAUAGGCAGGGGGACUUUUAGCUCAGUGUUCAAGGGCACUUUUGUUGAUGGGGUGAUUGCUGCUGUAAAAGUCUUCAAUUUGGAUGUGCAAGAUUCAGUCAGGAGCUUUGAUGUAGAGUGUCAAGUGCUAAGGAAUAUCCGGCACAGAAAUCUUGUCAAAGUAAUAACCAGUUGCUCCAACCUCGACUUCAAAGCUCUGAUUUUAGAGUAUAUGCCCAAUGGGAGCCUAGACAAAUGGCUCUAUUCACAUAAUUAUUUCCUAGAUAUCUAUCAGAGGCUAGGAAUAAUGAUGGACGUUGCGAAUGCCCUCGAGUACUUGCAUCAUGGUCAUUCUUUUCCAGUGGUUCAUUGUGAUUUGAAGCCAGGUAACAUUCUUUUAGAUGAAAACAUGGUUGCACAUGUUGGUGACUUUGGUAUAGCUAAGCUACUGGAAAAAGAUAAGGCCACUAAGCAGACAAAAACCAUGGGCACCGUUGGAUACAUGGCUCCAGAGUAUGGUUCUGCAGGAAUUAUAUCUAGCAUGGGAGAUGUAUACAGUUUUGGGAUUCUAUUAAUGGAAGUUUUCACAAGAAAGAAGCCCACUGAUGAAACGUUCCAAGGAGACUUCACCAUGAGGAAAUGGGUGUCUGAUUCAUUACCUGAUGCAAUAAUGCAGAUUGUUGACUCCAAUUUAGUGACAGGAGAAGGUGUUGAGCAAGAAAUAGAGGAGUGCUUCUUGAUGGUGAUGGGAUUAGCAAUGGAAUGCACAGUUGAUUUUCCAGAGGACAGAAUCAGAAUGGAAGAUGUCAUAGCAUAUCAUAACUUUGGGUCUUCAGACAUGAAUGAAUCUUGCAACUCCCAGUAA